UUUUUUAAUGGGAGAAUUGUCACAGUUUUCAAUUACUUUACUCAUUUCAAUCAAUACUUACUUCCUAAUUUAAAAAAAAAUCUCCUAGCCAAUAUGAAAAGCUUUUAGGGUGAAAAUAUUUGAUAGAAAGCCUGAUUUCCAACUUUAUUUGAUGGUCAGGACAGGCCACACUAUCCAGCCUUAUAAUAUGAGCCCUCACACUUGAAAACGAAUCUGCUGAUUGCUGUCAGGAAAGGAAAAUGCCUUUUCUCUAGUACAUUCUCAUGUGAGUAGGACAUUAGAAACACCACAUAUUAAUUGUGGUAGGACUCCUGUAGGAGGGAUUGGUGUAGGAAUAAAGUUUGUGAUGGAUUGAAUUUAAUUUUAUUAUUCAUAUACUGCUUUUGUCUCUCCACGUCAUUCCUUGAAUUAUUUUUAUUACUUACUUCGUCCACAUAAUCACACAUAUAUACAUGUUUUAUGUACAUUUACAGACCCAUAUCUUCACGUGUAUAUAUACAUAGGAUUUCAUUCCUUUUUUUAUUAUUAUUUUCCAGUAUGUUAUCAUUAUUAUAAACAAAAAUUACCACUGACUAGGGAUUGGGAGAAGGGAAAAUAUUGAACAUUUUAUAUUUCAUUCAUACUUGGAAUUUUGCAGCUGUAGGCUAGGUCUCUAGCUACAAUCUCUUAGGCAUCAUUCUAGAAAAGACCUUCCUUUAGAGUCUCCAAAAGCCCCCAACCUGCAGCCAUGCGCUCCAAAGCCCAACUGGGAGCCCAAAUCGUCCAGCCGCCGCUGAGGGGAGAUACAGUACCUCGGAAGCUGCGCUUCAACCCCACAGUCUCAGCUCCCUACUGUAGCCUUUUCCAAUCAACUUUAUAGACUCAUUCGCAGCUGACUGCGAUCCAUCAGGCUGUUUGUAAAUGCGAGCCUGGAGAAUGAUCCCGCGGGGCUGGCGAGGCUUGGGUAAAUGUUACUUGUAACCAGGUUUUCUCCCGAGGCAAACUCUAGUGCCUGCGAUUUUCAUCUUUCAGUGUGUAGUACAGUUGGCUUUUGGUUUCGUGCUGAGAUCCAUCUCCCCGACAGCGUUUAAAGGUCAGAACUCCUCCGGGGCAGUGACUCAAUUGAUUUUGUGCACUCCCCUUUCUCUGAUUCCUCUCUCCUCCCCUUCAUUCCCCCAGCUCCCCCACGGGCAGGGAAUCCUCUUUGGAAAGAAUAGAGAGGAUUCGAUCUCCUAAGAGAAGUAGCUGCCUGCCCCACUGAUCCCCCUUCCUGUCUUCUCUCCUAUGCUUUCUACUCCCCUCCCCUCCAUGACUAUGGAUUGCAGCAAGCCACUGGCUUUUUACCAAAUCAGGAGCUGCAGUAUUUUUCUUCCGAUGGAAUAAUUUCAGCCCACUUCAGCUCUCAUGACACUCUUCUGUGAUCGUGGAGAGUGGGCGGUCACAUCCUUUUACAUGCUAAUACGGCCCCACCUACUUUUAACCCUACCCACCUCGCUUCCCUUUUUUUCCUCCUCCAAUUUCAACAUUAAAAAAAAAAAAAAAAGCCAAUCUCUUUCCCAGGGAAAAAAAAAAUCCCAAACUUAUUUCCCAGUGUCAGGAAAACGCGGACGGAGGUCUUCUGUUCAGUGCUGCAUCCUUGAUUUCAUCCCUCGCCACCCAGGAGAGGCUAAGAGUGGAGAGCAGAGCAGAACCCAGAAGAACCGAGGAGGGAUGGAGCGGGACACAGGGAGCGGUUCCAGCAAGCUUCCUCUGACCAGCAGGAAAAAAGCAGAGAGCUGCUGAGCGGCAUAUGCCGCCAAUCCAUGUGGUGUGGGAGCGUCUUGUUGUCGUCCCACAGUAACCUGUCAGUGCUGCGGCCCUGAAGGAAUGUCCCCUAUUGUUAAGAACCCUGACUGUUUCACACCAAUGAUUUGCCACUGCAAAGUUGCCUGCACCAACAACACGUUGUCGUUGAUGUUUGGAUGCAAGAAGUAUCGCUAUCAAGAUGAAGAUGUUCCACAUGAUCAUACUUUACCUCGUCUAACCCAUGAAGUAAGAGGACCUGAACUUGUUCACGUGUCUGAGAAGAACCUGUCACAAAUAGAAAAUGUGCAUGGAUAUGUCUUACAAUCCCACAUUUCGCCGCUGAAGGCCAGCCCUGCUCCUAUUAUUGUCAACACAGAUACUUUGGAUACUAUUCCUUAUGUCAAUGGAACAGAAAUUGAAUACGAAUUUGAAGAAAUCACUUUGGAGAGGGGCAAUUCUGGGCUGGGAUUCAGCAUUGCUGGAGGUACAGAUAAUCCCCACAUUGGAGAUGAUCCUGGAAUAUUUAUUACGAAGAUUAUACCAGGAGGAGCUGCAGCAGAGGAUGGCAGACUCAGGGUCAAUGAUUGUAUCUUGCGGGUAAAUGAAGUGGAUGUCUCAGAAGUCUCCCAUAGUAAAGCAGUGGAAGCACUAAAGGAGGCGGGUUCGAUAGUCCGACUGUAUGUCCGUCGAAGGAGGCCUAUUUUGGAGACAGUUGUAGAAAUCAAACUUUUCAAAGGUCCUAAAGGUCUAGGCUUCAGUAUUGCAGGAGGUGUGGGCAAUCAACACAUCCCCGGAGACAACAGUAUUUACGUUACUAAAAUUAUAGAUGGAGGCGCAGCACAGAAAGAUGGACGUUUGCAAGUAGGAGACAGACUACUAAUGGUAAAUAACUACAGUCUAGAAGAAGUAACACAUGAAGAAGCUGUAGCUAUAUUGAAGAACACUUCAGAUGUAGUUUAUCUAAAAGUUGGCAAACCAACCACCAUUUAUAUGACAGAUCCUUAUGGCCCACCUGAUAUUACUCACUCUUAUUCUCCACCAAUGGAAAACCACAUUCUCUCUGGCAACAAUGGCACUUUAGAGUACAAAUCUUCCCUGCCGCCCAUCUCACCUGGAAGGUACUCACCAAUUCCAAAGCACAUGCUUGUUGAGGACGAUUACACCAGGCCUCCUGAACCCGUUUACAGCACUGUGAACAAACUCUGUGAGAAACCUUCUUCUCCCCGGCACUAUUCCCCAGUGGAGUGUGACAAAAGCUUCCUUCUCACAUCUCCCUACCCCCAUUACCACAUGGGCCUCCUCCCAGAUACGGAGAUCACCAGUCAUUCUCAGCUUGGCACUACGACUCGCCAGCCCUCAAUGACACUGCAGAGAGCCAUCUCCCUGGAGGGUGAGCCUCGAAAAGUCGUCCUACACAAAGGCUCCACAGGGCUGGGCUUUAACAUUGUGGGCGGAGAAGAUGGAGAAGGUAUCUUCGUAUCCUUUAUUCUAGCUGGAGGACCAGCAGACCUGAGUGGGGAGCUCCAGAGAGGAGACCAGAUUCUUUCCGUGAAUGGCAUUGACCUUCGCGGAGCCUCCCACGAGCAGGCUGCGGCAGCCCUAAAGGGGGCAGGACAGACAGUGACCAUCAUAGCACAAUACCAACCUGAAGAUUACGCUAGAUUCGAGGCAAAAAUCCAUGACCUACGCGAGCAGAUGAUGAACCACAGCAUGAGUUCUGGGUCCGGCUCCCUGAGAACCAAUCAGAAACGCUCACUCUAUGUCAGAGCCAUGUUUGAUUAUGACAAGAGCAAAGAUAGUGGACUCCCAAGUCAAGGACUGAGCUUUAAAUAUGGUGACAUUCUUCAUGUUAUCAAUGCUUCUGAUGAUGAGUGGUGGCAAGCCCGAAGAGUAACUCUGGAAGGAGACAGUGAGGAGAUGGGUGUCAUCCCCAGCAAAAGGAGAGUGGAAAGAAAGGAACGUGCUCGAUUGAAGACGGUGAAGUUUAAUGCAAAGCCUGGUGUGAUCGAUGCCAAAGGGGACAUCCCCGGAUUAGGUGACGACGGUUAUGGAACAAAGACUCUGAAACAUGUUUCUUCUAAUGCCAGCGAUAGUGAAAGUAGCUACAGAGGACAAGAGGAUCUCAUUCUUUCUUACGAGCCUGUCACAAGGCAGGAAAUUAAUUAUACUAGGCCAGUUAUUAUUCUGGGUCCUAUGAAGGACCGGAUCAAUGAUGACUUGAUAUCAGAAUUCCCUGACAAAUUUGGCUCCUGUGUACCUCAUACCACAAGGCCAAAGCGUGACUAUGAGGUGGAUGGCAGAGACUAUCAUUUUGUCAUUUCAAGAGAGCAAAUGGAAAAAGAUAUACAAGAGCAUAAGUUUAUAGAGGCCGGACAGUACAAUGAUAAUUUAUAUGGAACCAGCGUUCAGUCUGUGCGAUUCGUUGCAGAGAGGGGCAAACACUGCAUCCUCGAUGUAUCAGGAAAUGCUAUCAAGCGGUUACAGGUCGCACAACUCUAUCCCAUUGCCAUCUUCAUUAAGCCGAAGUCAUUGGAGCCAUUGAUGGAGAUGAAUAAGCGUCUCACAGAGGAACAAGCCAAGAAAACCUAUGACCGAGCUAUCAAGUUAGAGCAAGAAUUUGGAGAGUAUUUUACAGCUAUUGUUCAAGGCGAAACCUUAGAAGAUAUAUAUAACCAAUGCAAACUCGUUAUCGAAGAACAAUCCGGCCCUUUCAUCUGGAUCCCUUCCAAGGAGAAGUUAUAAAUUAGCUGCUGCACCUCUGAUGAUGACAGAAGAGUAUUUAGAAGAAAAAAAUAUAUAAUAUACUACGUGGAGGCUUUUAUGUUUUUGUUGCAUUUAUGUUCUUGCAGUCAAUGUGAAUUUUAUGAAUGUACAACACAACGUGUGUGAAGCCAUGAAGGAAACUGAGGGGCCAAAGGGUAGAAACUCAAGGACUUUUGCCGUAUGUGGGGAAGACGUCAUGUGCUCAAAGUGCCAGGUGUAGGUAUGGAUUUCUGAUGGGGCUCUCUGUCCAGAGGUUCGAGCCGCCUCCUCGACUCGACGGGCACCCCAACCUGUUGUAAUGGCUGAGUUCUGUGUGUUGAUUGCUUUAAAGAAAAGUUCCCAGCUCUUGAACCUCACCAAGCUUGUCAUUGCACAUCUGUAAUUGGUACACGUGGAACUUUGUAACUAUGCACAUCCCUUGAUUUCUUAGCAAAAAGAGACAAUGAUUUAAAAAAAAGUAAGAGAGAAAGAUAAUGGUUUCCUUCAGAGACACCAUUGCGACAGAAAGUGAUGAUCAUAUAGUUGUUUUCACUGGUACCUGCAAAGGAAAACAUUCCAUGCAAUUGGCGAGUGAACAGAGCAUUUACCCGAUUGAUGAUGGGGGAAGGGGGGGUUCCAUCUGGGAAUAGCUUUAAGAUUUUUGAUUGUCUAUUUUACCAUUUAUAUACUGAAAGAAGGCACUUAAAGAUGGAAUAAUUUAUAAAAAUAAAAUUAUAUUAAAUGUAUAGAAACUAAUUUAUAUAGGUGAAAAAUGUUUUUGUGAGAUAUUUUGUAAAGGCUUAAUUAAUGGAAAGGCAUAGUUUAUUACACCCUCAGCAGACUGUCAGAUUUAGAGAAUCUAAAAGUUGCACUAGUCUUUCGGUUGUUGAUGAUUUUUAAGCAACCACUUAAUUUCUUUAAAAGUCAGACCCCUCUCCUCCUUCCUAAGUUUCCUCCCGUGACAGAAAGAUGUGAAAUUGUGGAAGAAGCCCUGGAUUUGGAAUCAAAGAAACCUGAAUUCCAAUCCCAGCUCUGUUGCUUAUUACCUGUGUAACACUGGGCAAGGCACUUCCCCUCCGGUCCUCGGUUUCCAGAUCUGUAAAAGGAGGAGAUGGCCUAUCUGAUCAGUGCUCUUUCCAGCACUAAAUCCCAUGGUUUCCUAUUGGCUCCUAAGAAUAAAUUCCUACAAAACUCCAUUCUCUAAUGAAUUGGCCUCUAGGCUCUUUUUGAGACUUGAUUAAGAUAAUGCAGCAUUAAGCUGAUGGUUCUUUAGAGGACAAAUUCAUUGCAGUGACUUAAAGAAUAAUGUAGGUGUUUCUUUAAGGAGUCCUAAUUGUGAGCAUUGGACAGCUCUUUUCCAGGUUCCCUCCUAGAAUGCUCAAAGGCUGAGCAGAUGUUUUGGUACAACUCUAGCUGACCCGUAAAACUUCUUUCCACUUCCUUCACCAAGGGUUUGGGGAGAGACAGCUGGGGACAAUAUGUACCUUUGGGGGACUUUUAUCACAGAUCUGCUGAAUGUCUUGGAGGAUAAGAAGGGAAGUGUCUGGCUUGGGAGCUACAGUCGUGCUUGGCUGGACAGUUCCAUGCUAGGCAGAGACCACGCCAUGAAAGGUUGUUCCAGGAUUCUGAGGUGAACUUCCCUCACAGCCUUGCACAGGGAUGUACCUGGAUCAAGUGGAAAAGAAAGGAGAUAGCCCCCCCAUCCCCAAUCUCACUAGUAAAUUGAACCAAGAGACUAAGGUCAGCACUAACUAGUUGUUCUAUCACAUCAGAGCUUUUUCACCCAGUUGUUUAGGGAGAAAAGUCUUGAGUAACCUUGAUUGGAAAUGACUAUGGAUUCUCUCUGUGCAGAGGUCAAGCCCCACAGCCUUAUCUCGGUGGCAUCCAGACCUGGCAGCUAUGUCCUGCCACACUGUGCAGUAAACAGGUGCAUCAGCAGGAGUGAGGAGAGACAAGGGCAACCAACAGCCAUCGGCGCUGAUGGUAUUUCUUUGCAGUGGAAACAGAGGAGAUAAGUCAGGUCCCUUUUAGAGAAAUUGAGUCAUCCACCUUGCUCUGAAUACCAUCUGUCUGUCUGACUGCAAACUACCCGACUUCCUUUCCAAAAAAAAAAAAAAAAAAAAAAAGAUAAAUAAAUAAAAACAAAACAAAUCCAUCUGUGCAUUCAAUUAGAGUCUUGGGUCAACAGACUAAUUAGGGCUAGACAUGCAUUCCCAGACCACCCCCCACUACAAUCAGAACUUCCAGAGAACUCUACAGAGCUCCUCAGAUUCUCAAGAGAUUUCCACAUCCAUUAAUGGCUAUUGUCUCAGGUUCGGGCCCACUUCACGAAAUUGCUUACACCCUCCCACUUCCCAGGUUGUGUUUUUGACACCAGAACUUUCUCCUAUUAUCCCAGCUUUCCUUCCUUUCCAAACCACUCUGACAGUGUUUUGUUUCUUCCUGUUUGAGCAUGCUACCUUUUCUGGGACUCUCCUUAACUGAGUACAUGUUUUCUGAGGUCGUGUGCUGUGCUUUCCAAUUGAUAGUGGUAUUGUGGCUGAAUACAAUCAAGUUUUUCUCCCACCAAUCUUCUGUUCUAUAGUAUAUAGUAUAUUAUUUAUUUUCCUUGUCUGAAUGCUUCCAGCUUAGAGUUGGCAUUUGCACUGGUUUUUUUUAAAUAUAGAUUUUUAAAUAUUAUAUAUCAGCUUGGAGAAUCGCCAAGAGGAUUGGUGAGAGUCUUUUUUUUUUUCCCUAUAGGGUUUCCUCUUCCAUUUGCUUUGCUGUUUUGAUGUUUUGUGCUUCCCAUCCUCAUGCAGUCUUUAGUGCUCCUUGCAAUUCCGAGAUUUUGCAGCAACUGUAACUUCUGUAGAGAAGGCAGGAAAAUGAUUCCAGUUACAUCUAGUGCCAAUGCACUCAGAGCCUCGGACCAGACUGGUGCUAACCCUGCAAACAAACAGUGAACUGGCGCUCUCUCGCUCUCUGUCCCUCUCUCCUCUUCUCUCCCUCCCACCAUUCAGGAGGCUCACUGGUGGGCACAGCACAAACCCCCCCAUCAUACCCCAUGCAAACACGGACCCUUUCGGGAAUGUGCCAGACCGUGUCACUGGUGCUAUUUCGCAUGCUCUGGCACAAUGUGUAGCACCACAAGGGUCUUCACUCAACCAAAAAUUAAAUCUCGUUGCCCAUUUGCCAGAAUUCACUUAAAUGUUCAUUUCUGCUCUCUACUUGCAGAUGGGCAGUGGUAUCUUCCCUCCCGGCCCUCCAUUAAUUUCUCUGCUGAGCCUAUACUCUCCUGUUUGCCACUGGUGCUCAGGGAGGCCACCUAGGAAAAACCCUACUCUCUGCCUUCACUUUCUAACUGUCUCAGUGUAUCUAUAGCUAACCCUCCAGAACAAAAUCCUUGCUAGAGUGUACCACUCUUCUUUACCUAUCCAACAUCCCUUUAUUUCCUUCUUCUCUUCUUUAGUUAUCUCAACUUUCUCCCUUUUUUUCUUCCCCUCCCUUUUCUAAUUCCUCCUCCUUCCAUCUUCUUUUGCUCUCCUCUCUCCAUUUCCUAUUCUGGUUCUUCCCUCUCUCUUUACCUCCACUCAUUCCUUUUCUUUCUCCUUUCCUCCUUUUCUUUCUCUCUUCUUUCCCUCUCAUUUUCCUUCCCUAUUCCUAUUUUUCACAUCUCUUUUAUUUAUUCAUCUUGGAUCCCUUAUCUCCUGUCUGUUCCACUUUCUUCCUUUUUUUCUUCUCUUCCUCUUCUCUUUCCUCCUCACCUCUUCUCUCCAUCUGUCCAGUUUCCUCAGUUUCUAUCCUUUCCCUCCUGUCCCUCAUCUUCAGCCUUUCUACUUCUCUCUCUGCUUCGCAUGUAGUAACAUCAGGAAACUCAUCUUGCAUGGAAUUGUUCCUGCUUCUCUAGUAAAUCAAAGCUUGUGAUUUACAGGUGAGCAGCAAUUCCUAGCCAACAUCCUGGUGCCCUGAUGGAUGACAGCUAAUCCCUCCUGGGAUUCUUGCUCUUCUACUGAGAAUUGGUUGACCUUGCACUGUCACUGCAAGAAUACCUUCUAAAAAAUAAGACCAGUCUGAAUCUCAGAGUCUCAUUGGCACUCAGGAAGAAGCCACCUAUGGAUAAACCAGGAGCAAAAAUGCUGACCAGAGAGAAAAAUUGCCGUAAGGAGCCAAACCUUUGCCCAGGCCACUUAUGGAACAAUAUUGUUUUAGUUUAGAGGAGAGGUUUUCUUUCUUUUCUUUUUCUUCUUUCCAUUCUAAACCUUUCCUUUUCUUCUUUCCAUAUGGAAUAUUCUCUUUGGCCUCUUAGCCAUGAACUCCAGCUGAUUCCUGAUUGAGUUAACUCAACUCCAUUGUUGAGACAAAAUUAAUUUGCUGGUCAAACCACAUCCAUUGUCCUGUCAUAUUUCCAGAGAACAUUUAAGCAAGGGACUAAGAGGUUCAUUCUUUUUUCUUUUUUUUUUCUUUAAAAAAAAAAAAAAAGGAGGGACAGUUCUCUUGAAGUUGAUGAAAGAACCUCCCCACCCUUCCCCCAUCCCCCCAAGGAAAUUCAUUUUGAAAAUGAACUAAAUGCAAAUUGCUAUGUUUUUAUAUAUGUAUAUCUAUAGUAUAUACCCAUUAUAUAUGCUAUAUAUACACAUAUAUAUAAAAUAAUAUUGGGCAUGUGUAGGGAUCUGUACCAAUACCGGCACAUGGGCACAAGGCUGCAAAUAUUUUUCUUCACUCCACCUUGUUUUUUAGGACUAGUUAACAUACAGCAUAUCGUAGCCUGCCCCAUCACCAAAGGAGCACCUGAGAACAAGCUGGGAUGGUCUGACAUCUAGUAUCGAUUAUCUGAGUGGUAGAGCCCAGUAGAUCAUUAGCAAAACAUCAGGAAAGAUAAGCAGAUGGCACUGUUGACUCCCAGUGGGAAUGACCGACUUUUCUUCUUUUCCCUUUUAAUUUUGUGUUUCCCAAGUUUCCAUUGGAGUGUCUGAAUUUUUGAGUAUGCCAGGCUGUAUCCCAGUUGAUGCUUUGUUUCUAACACUUGUGGUGAUGUGAUUCUCUCUGACAGGAUGUUUCUCCACCUAGAGCUGUAGUUGGGGGUUCUUGGAGUCCGAACUGGGGUUUUACAGAGACAUUAUACAGCUUACACUCCUGUUAAGUGUAAAUAUUUGACACAUCCAUUCCAUUUGUGUAAAGAAUAAAGCACACACAAUUAUAAAGUUGAGAUGUAUAUUUCAUA